ACAAAAUAUUUUCUCUCCCUUGUAGUAGAAAACAUAGCAUUAUCAACUAGUCAAAAUAGUACCCCCUCACAAGUAUCAAGAGUAGAGAGACAACUCUAUCAAAAAAAAAAAAGAAUAAAAAAAAUCAAGAAUUUCUUGUGGGUUUUUUUUAUUGCAGUUUUGGAGGUGGAAUUAAUUCUGGAAAAAUGUCUAGAACAAUGGGUGGAGAAUGCAAUGAGUAUAGGUUGAAUUAUGAAGAAACUGAGUUAAGACUUGGACUGCCAGGAGGAGGAAAUGGAAAUGUUGAAAAUGGUGAGCCCAUGAAGAAUGGUACUAUAAACAAUGGUAACAAAAGAGGGUUCUCAGAAACUGUUGAUUUGAAGCUCAACUUAGCAUCAAAGAAUUCUCAGGCUGAUGAAGAAGAGAAAAGCGUUGCUGCCUCAAGUUCUAGCAAUCCUUCAAAACCACCUGCCAAGACUCAAGUAGUUGGUUGGCCACCAGUUAGAUCAUUCAGAAAGAAUAUCCUAUCUGUACAGAAAAAUAGCAACACAGAAGCUGAGAAAUCUGGGACUGGUUCUGCAGCAGCAGCAUUUGUUAAAGUCAGUGUAGAUGGUGCCCCUUACCUGCGUAAGGUGGAUUUAAAGAAUUUCAAGAGCUACCAAGAGCUUUCUCAAGCCCUGAGCAAAAUGUUCAGUUCUUCUACAAUAGGAAGCUAUGGAUCUCAAGAAUUCAAGGACUUCAUGAACGAGAGGAAAUUGAUAGAUCUUCUAAAUGGUUCAGAAUACGUCCCUACGUAUGAGGACAGAGAUGGAGACUGGAUGCUCGUGGGUGAUGUUCCAUGGGAAAUGUUUGUUGACUCAUGCAAACGUUUGAGGAUAAUGAAAGGGUCGGAGGCCGUCGGGCUAGCUCCAAGGGCAGUUGAAAAAUGCAAGAACAGAAGCUGAAAUGGUUCUCUGGGAAGAAUUAUAUUUUUCUUAUCCCAGUUUUCUUACUUUUUUUUUUUUUUUUGUUUUUUGGUCUGUCUGCUAUUGUCAAUAUUAUAUAAUAUAUGCUUAUAACAGACUGGCUCAAGAGGGUUUCUAUGUAGAAAAGUAUUGCACAGUCUUUUUUUUUUUUAUAAAUUUUCCUAGGGAAAGAGAAAAUGAAUGAAGACGAUUUGAGAAUUGUUCAUAAAGUUUUUUUGUUUCAAGUCUUAUCUGUAAAACUUAAUUGGCUUGUCUGUUAGUAGGUGACAGCCUCGUUGUUGUACCUGUAAAGAAGCAAUUUGCUUAAGAUUCUCUACCGCAUUUUGAGUGGCAGUCAUGGGUUUUUAUUUAUUUAAAGAUUCUCCA